AGUGUAGCGUGCGCUUUUCGUUGCUCCAUUGUUGUUCCCUAUUCGGUGUGUUGUGCACAUCACCCGACCGUAACACACGUUUUGUCCUGCAGUUUUAGGAAAACACUUUCACAAUGUCUGAGGAGCUCAAUGCUGAAUUUGAAACCGCUGAAUCUGGCGUGUCCAACGUUUACCCGGCACAGUGCUCCUCCCUCCGCAAAAAUGGAUAUGUUGUAAUUAAGGGUCGGCCUUGUAAAAUUGUUGAGAUGUCCACAUCAAAAACUGGCAAACAUGGGCAUGCUAAGGUGCAUCUCGUGGGAAUUGAUCUGUUCAGCGGCAAGAAAUAUGAGGACAUCUGUCCCUCCACUCACAAUAUGGACGUACCUGUGGUCAAGCGUGCUGAUUACCAGCUGGUGGACAUUUCGGCGGACAACUUCCUUUCACUGAUGCAAGAGUCCGGAGACCUGCGUGAGGACAUUAAGAUCCCGGAUGGUGAACUCGGCACGGAAAUCCGCAGCAAAUUUGAGUCCGGGGAGGACAUUCUGUGCACCGUCUUGUGCGCCAUGGGCAGCGAGAUGGUCAUCGCCACAAAACCCAACAGCGGCAAAUAGUCGCAUCACACUAUUUUUAUCUAUUCAAACCGAAACUCUCAUUUGCGUUUUGACUGUUCUAAGACCUCAUAAAAUGCAUGAAUUGUGCAGCAUUGAAAAUGAAACACUCAUUUUCCAAUCAUGCCCUCUGUUAAUCAUGUAACUCCUCUCGUUCCUUUCCUUCUUUUUAUUAUACUCAUGACUUAUGUUUCCAUUAGACGGUGGUCAAUGCUCAGUCUUUCGUUUUCCUCUUCCAUUGUUAAUGUUAGUCCCUAAAAGCCUUAACUCUCCGACCCUUGCAACUAGUGUCCGCCUUUACGCGGACACACAUUUUGCUGUAUUAUUUUAUUAAUCAUGUUAUUUUUUCUUACCAUUCAACUGACUAACAUUAUUCCCAUUUGUGAACUCAUUCCAUACUAUACUACAUAUCUCUUAUCUUUCAAAGCCACGCUUGCAAUUGCUGCUAAUCUCUUGGUGACGUGAGCUUCAACAGUCAUUUGAACAUUUCUUUUUCAAGAUUUGCCAUUUUUACGUAUAAUGACCGACCAGGUGUUUGUCGUGGUUAACGCGAGUCGUGGAUCACGGGUGUGCCGAGAAUAUAACUUGUUAUGCGUCAAAUACAUUUGGGAGUAAACGCA